CAGACACCUUUUGGGACGGCUGUAGAAUCCUCGCAAAAAGUCUUCUAAUUCCACCACGAUCGCUGCGGCUGCGAGGAUCUUGAUCUCAAAAAGAGGAUGAUCUCAUAAAUUCACCUCGAAUCGCACAUCUGCGCCACGCAUCCCUUACACCAACACAGAUAGCCCGUUGGAAGCAAGUGCUUGUCGUGCACACGCCUGCCUGUCAUGUCUCCUCGCUCGUCGACACAGUCACAAUGGCUCGGCCGGAUACCGCUGCACAAGGCCGCAAUUCUCUUCUUCGCGCUGGCGAAAAUGACAAAUGGCCAUGAGCAUCACUUUGAAGGAGCGGAGGGCAAGUUCGUUUCGGACGAACCCAUCGAUGCGAUACUAUGGAUACACAUCUUGCUGCAGACGUUUGUUUGGGGGAUACUCUUCCCCACAGGCAUGGUGUUAGGCAUUAUCCGAUCUAGAUGGCAUGUCCCCGUCCAGAUCUUAGCAACAGGUCUUGCCGUGCUAGGUUGGUUUCUAGGCCACAUGCACAAAGGCCGUCAGUUCGCGCCCAGCGCGCAUGGGCACUUUGCGAAAUGGAUCAUGCUCCUCCUCAUCGUCCAGGUUGGGCUCGGUCUUUAUCUCAAACUUCAUCUCAAACGGCUAUUCCAGGACCGCAUACGCAAAUACCUUGUCCUUGCUCAUGGAGUUCUCGGGAAAGCACUUCCCGUUGCCGCGUGGGUGCAGAUGCUUUUUGGUGGCAUCGCCGCGCUGGGUUUCUGCCACGACGACCACCUGGGCCAAUGCCUGGCUCACUUUAUCAUGGGCAGCGCCUUCAUUGCUUACGGAAUCAUCCUGACCAUUCUGCUCCUCGUCGGACAGGCCUGGCUGCGCAGCACUGGUCGCAGUCAGGAGUUCUUCGACUCGGCCAUCAUUGCCGCCUGGGGCUGCGUCAAUACCUUCACAGAACAUCGGUGGGGUACGGCGUGGGUCCACAACGACGUCCAGCAUACCACAAUGGGCGUGAUAUGGUGGUGCGCGGGCUUGCUGGGCAUGUGGCUAGCGCGAACACGGGACGGUCGUGCGAAGCGCAACAUCAUUCCGGCUCUGGUCAUCCUUCUGACGGGAUACGCGAUGAGCAGCCACCCGCAGACGCUGAAGAUCAGUGCGAUGACGCACACCGUGUUUGGUUACACGCUCAUGGGGGCUGGGUUGGCCAGGCUGAUCGAAAUUAGCUUCGUACUGAAAGACAAGGCCACGCUCGACGAAACUGGCAACGACCCAAACAGUUUUCAGCAUUUGCCUCCUUUCUUGCUUUAUGCCGCGGGGUUCCUGUUCAUGGGCGCAACAGAGGAACAAAUGCAGCUUCUGGAUCAGUCGGGCGUGGACCACGUCUCGUACCUUCUCAUCCUGUACAGCAUCGCCUUUUUGUUGUACCUUUUUGUCAACAUGCUCCUCCACCUGUACGCCAGUGGCGCACGGCCUGUAGUUGUCAAACUCGAUCCAGAAGGAGCCCAUGCAACUCCUAACGGACACCUACCAAACGGCUACUCGGAUGUACAAGUCCAAGAUGCGGAGGAAUUUGAGCUCCAUGGCUUGGCUUCUGACGAUGAGGACGAUGACGGAGAUGAUGCGCCGCUAGUGCACAAGGAGCCGCAGAGAGCCGGCUGAACGACUUCUGGACUCGGGUUUUUGUCUCUACGGGAUAGACAGAGCCGAGACGCUCUCAUAAGAAGCCUGCUACCUGCCGCGUGACACUACGCUGGGUGGGAAAAAAUUCUUUUAUGUGUAAUUUGAUGUGUGAACGGUGGGUCUGUUUGUGCAUAGCGCCUAGAUAUCUCGCCUUCCGAACAUUUGGGCCGGAAGUAAUGUGAUGUUGAUGCUACUUCAUACAUGUCAAGCUGCGAAGUUCCUCGCAGCAGCUGCCACUCUGCCAACAUAAAACGCUUGUUCUCGACGG